AUGGACCCGCUUCGAGCCAGCGAGUCGGCCGCCAACCGUGGCCCAAGGGCCAACAACCGCAAGAGAGAUAGAGAAGAUGAUGACAUGGGCUCAUCACCAGCCCCAUUGCCUCCUUCCAGUCCUACCGCCUUGGGCUCGUCCCCUCCACCAAUCCCCUUUGACAUGGGUGAUGAAGAUGAGGAAGAGGACAGGGGGAUGGUACAAGAUAUUGAUGACAUUGAUGAAUUGGCCGAAGACGAAGACGGCAUUGAUCUGUUCGGUGACAACUUCGAGCGUGACUACCGCGAUGCGGCGCAAGAUCGCUAUGAAAAUGAAGGAUACAUUGACGACGACGGAGACCACGAGGAGAUUGAUGCUGGCGCCCGUCGCCAGCUGGAUGCUCGCUUGAACCAAAGAGACCGCGAGCUGGCACGUCGGCGCCGUAUGCCUGCAGCAUUUUUACAAGAUGACGAAGAUAUUGACAUGGACUUGUCCCGCCAACCUCGACGACGCAGACACCAAUAUGACGAAGAUCCUCAAGAUAUUGAUAUGGGCGAUGAGGGUGUGGAAGAAUUGUCGCUUGAAGAGUUGGCGGAUGUGAAGGCAGCCAACAUCACAGACUGGGUCACCCUUCCUCAAGUGCUGCGCUCCAUCUACCGUGAAUUCAAGGCGUUCCUCACAGAGUUUAUCGACCCAAGUGGCCAGUCUGUUUACGGUAACCGUAUCAAGUUGCUGGGUGAGGUUAACUCAGCAUCCCUCGAGGUGUCUUACGCCCAUCUGAGCGAGACCAAGGCUGCUCUGUCAUACUUCCUUGCCAACGAACCGACCGAAGUUUUGAAGGUCUUUGAUCAGGUUGCGCUCGAUGUUACUCUCUUCCACUACCCUCAGUACCACGACAUCCACAACGAGAUCCACGUCCGUAUCACCGAUGUGCCUAUCAUCUACACUCUGCGCCAGCUGCGCCAGUCACACCUCAACUGUUUAGUCCGUGUCGGUGGUGUCGUCACCCGCCGUACUGGUGUCUUCCCUCAGCUGAAGUACGUUAUGUUCCUCUGCACGAAGUGUGGUAUCACUCUUGGUCCUUUCCAGCAAGAAGCCAGCGCAGAGGUGAAGAUCUCCUUCUGUCAGAACUGCCAGUCCCGUGGCCCCUUCACCAUCAACUCCGAAAAGACAGUUUAUCGCAACUACCAGAAGUUGACUCUGCAGGAGUCUCCCGGCUCAGUUCCCGCAGGCCGUUUGCCGCGUCAGCGUGAGGUAGUUCUGCUAGCCGAUCUGAUCGACACUGCCAAACCCGGUGAUGAGAUCGAGAUCACCGGUAUCUACCGUAACAGCUACGAUGCUCAGCUCAACAACAAGAACGGCUUCCCCGUGUUCGCGACCGUCAUCGAGGCCAAUCAUGUUGUCAAGGCUCAUGAUCAGAUGGCUGGUUUCAACUUGACCGAAGAUGAUGAGCGCGAGAUUCGGGCACUUUCUCGCGACCCCGAUAUCGUCGACAAGAUUGUUCGCUCCAUGGCCCCCAGUAUCUACGGGCACCAGGACGUUAAGACUGCCGUUGCUCUUUCACUUUUCGGCGGUGUUAGCAAGCAGGCCCAAGGAAAGAUGAACAUUCGUGGUGACAUCAACGUUCUCCUUCUUGGUGACCCGGGUACCGCCAAGUCCCAGGUGCUCAAGUAUGUGGAGAAGACCGCACACCGAGCUGUCUUCGCUACCGGUCAGGGUGCUAGUGCUGUGGGUUUGACGGCCAGUGUUCGCCGUGAUCCACUCACCAGCGAAUGGACCUUGGAGGGUGGCGCUCUUGUGCUGGCUGAUCGUGGUACCUGUCUCAUUGACGAGUUUGACAAGAUGAACGACCAGGAUCGAACAUCCAUCCACGAAGCCAUGGAGCAGCAGACCAUUUCCAUCUCCAAGGCCGGUAUCGUCACGACGCUUCAAGCCCGUUGCGCCGUUGUGUCCGCUGCCAAUCCCAAGGGUGGUCGCUAUAACAGCUCCAUCCCCUUCUCAGAGAAUGUCGACUUGACAGACCCUAUCUUGUCUCGUUUCGAUAUUCUCUGCGUGGUUCGUGAUCUUGUUGAUCCCGCCGAGGAUGAACGCCUGGCCAACUUCGUCAUUGAAUCACACCACCGUGCUAACCCAGCCCGCCCUCUUCGGAACGAGCAGGGCCACUUGGUCGAUGCCGAUGGUCACCGCGUCGACGAAGAAGGAUACCGCAUCAACCCCUCUGGCCAGCGUCUUCCUCCUUCCCAAGAGGAAGUGGCUAGACGCGAAGCGGAGAAGCAGAGAGCCGAAGAAGAGAAGGAGGGUGAAAUUCCCCAGGAGCUCUUGCGGAAGUACAUCAUGUACGCCCGCGAGCGAUGCCACCCCAAGCUCUACCAGAUUGACCAGGACAAGGUCGCCCGUCUCUUCGCAGACAUGCGCCGCGAGUCCCUUGCCACUGGCGCCUACCCCAUUACCGUUCGUCACCUCGAAGCCAUCAUGCGUAUCGCCGAGUCUUUCUGCAAGAUGCGCCUGUCGGAGUACUGUUCCGCACAGGACAUUGACCGUGCCAUUGCUGUCACUGUGGAUUCCUUCAUUGGCAGUCAAAAGGUCAGCUGCAAGAAGGCGCUGUCUCGUGCCUUUGCCAAGUACACCCUAUCCAGACCCAAGCCUCAGUCGAAGCGUCGUGCCGGUAUUCCCGUCUCAAAUCCUCAUAUGCCGCGCGCUCAGUCGACUGUGCACUGA